AGGGGGAGGGAAGGACUGAGGCUGAAAGAGAGCCAACUCGCCGGGGAUAGCAUUGCUUCAUUUCCUGCAGGCUUGCACUAAAGACUGGAGCACUCGCACCGCCUCAGUCAGCCCGGUGCUCUCUUUCUGCUGUUCGGUCGUCCUUCUCAGAUCUCAAAACACUAAAAUGAGGGCCUGGACCAUUCUUGUCCUCUGCCUUGCAGGCAAGGCACUGGCUGCUCCUCAGGAACCUGUGGCUGAAGUGGAGGUUGUUGAGGAAACCGAACAAGAGGCAUUGCCAGUCGGAGCAAAUCCAGUCCAAGUUGCCACAGGAGAUUUUGAAGAAACUGACGAUGAUACCAAGACAGAUAUUGAAACUGAAAAUCCAUGUGAGAACUUCCACUGCAAACGAGGGAAGAUAUGUGAGGCCGAUGAGAACAAUGAGCCCAUGUGUGUCUGCCAGAAUCCAUCAACUUGUCCACCCAGCACUGUUGAAUUUGAGAAGGUGUGUGGCACUGAUAACACCUCCUACGAUAGUGCCUGCCAGCUCUUUGCAACCAAAUGUGCAUUGGAGGGCACCAAAAAGGGUCAUAAGCUCCAUCUGGACUACAUUGGACCAUGCAAAUUCAUUCAACCCUGCCAGGAUGGCGAACUGGCUGAGUUCCCUCUGCGCAUGCGCGACUGGUUGAAAAAUGUCCUGGUGACCCUCUACGAGCGCGACAAUGAGCAAAACAACCUGCUGACUGAGAAGCAGAAGAUGAAGGUGAAGAAGAUGUAUGAAAAUGAAAAGCGUCUGCAGGCUGGAGAACACUCAGUGGACCUUCUGGCUCAUGACUUUGAGAAGAACUACAACAUGUUCAUCUUCCCUGUUCACUGGCAAUUUGGACAACUUGACCAACACCCAGCUGACAAGUACCUUUCUCACUCUGAGUUGGCUCCUCUCCGUGCUCCCCUUGUCCCAAUGGAGCACUGCACCACUCGUUUCUUCCAGCAAUGCGACGCAGACAAUGACAAGUACAUUGCCCUGGAGGAGUGGGCCAUGUGUUUUGGCAUCAAAGAGGAGGACAUUGACGGCAAUCUUCUGAUAUAAUCUGUGUUACUUCACCUGUUGCUGUCCAUUGCUGCCUUUGGGUAGUGGUGCUAUCUAGAGACUGACUACACUAAUGGUGCUACACUUACCUAUUAUCUAUACCACUGUAACACAGUGCAUAUGCUUUCAGUAACACUUUUUGACAAAAAGGACGCACAUCUUCGUUCAAUUGUUGGAAUUCGAUGGAUUUCUUUUUGUUUUGGCUGUGUUUUUAAUUGUCCUUGUCAAUUAAAGGAUUAACUUGCAUGUGUUAACAGUAUUGCCUGGAUUGUUGCCCUUGUAAAAAGAAAUGCCCAUGUAUCCAUGUCCAGAACCCAGAAGGUUCAUAGCUUCUCUCUUUCAUGUACAGGUAGAUGGUGAUUGCUUUGAUUCAAUGGCUGAGUGUUAGGGAACUAAUUUCAGUAAACUGUCAAAAGUUGUUAUGGGUUUGUGUUACAGCAGGAGUGCUAAUAUGUGCUUUGCAUGUGUAAGAGUUUGUAAAGGGAGAAAAAGAGACAUCUCAGAUGUUAAUCAGAAAGUGUAAAAAUUGGAAUAAGGAUGUGGUUGUACAAGCUGAAGAAAGUCUACCUCGAGGUCCCCUUACGCUAUCCACUAACACAGGAUAAGCACACUUCUCAUAUUUCUUUCUAAUAAAAAAAUUAAAACAAAUAAUUUCAUGCAUGCA